CCAUACUUACCCCCACCCUUCCUGUUGUAUAUAAGCAGCUUCCUUCUACUCCGCAUUGCUGUACCCAUCCUCAGGAGGGACUUACUGAGUGACCUGGCCAGCAGCCUUCUCUGAAGCUCAUUAGGUAAAUAUACAUCAAGUUCAAGUUCAUUGCAUGGCAACUAACCUCCUCCUACCAUCCUGUUUUGAAGAUUGUGUUGGAAUCAAAAACUAAAUAGGAGAAUAUGGCAAGUGCAGAUUGGGGAUAUGAUAGCAAAAAUGGUCCUGACCAGUGGAGCAAGCUAUAUCCCAUUGCCAACGGAAACAACCAGUCUCCUAUUGAUAUUAAAACCAGUGAAGCCAAACAUGACUCCUCUCUGAAGCCAGUCAGCAUCUCCUAUAAUCCUGCAACUGCAAAAGAAAUUGUUAACGUGGGACAUUCUUUCCAUGUAAUUUUUGAUGACAGUAGCAACCAAUCUGUUCUGAAAGGUGGCCCUCUUGCCGAUAACUAUCGGCUCACCCAGUUCCAUUUUCACUGGGGCAACUCAAACGACCAUGGCUCUGAGCACACCGUGGAUGGAACCAAAUAUUCUGGAGAGCUCCACUUAGUUCACUGGAAUUCUGCAAAGUACGCCAGUGCUGCUGAAGCCAUCUCAAAGGCUGAUGGGCUGGCCAUCCUUGGGGUUUUGAUGAAGGUUGGUCCAGCCAACCCAAACCUGCAGAAAGUACUCGAUGCCGUAAACUCGGUUAAAACAAAGGGAAAACGGGCUCCAUUCACAAAUUUUGACCCAUCCAGUCUCCUUCCCUCAUCUCUGGAUUACUGGACCUACUUUGGCUCUCUGACUCACCCUCCUCUUCAUGAAAGUGUGACCUGGGUUAUAUUCAAGGAUAGCAUCAGCCUCAGCCCAGAGCAGCUGGUCCAGCUCCGUGGUCUUCUGUCCAGUGCAGAGGGAGAGCCAGCAGUUCCGGUUCUCACCAACCACCGUCCACCCCAGCCCCUGAAGGGGAGAACAGUCAGAGCCUCAUUUUGAGUCCCAGCAAGGAGUGAGUCCUCAAUGAGGACUUGGUCCCUCUCUACAGCAGCAUCCAGUAAAGCGAUCACUUUUAAGGAGCAGAAUUAUUUCAGUGCUGAGACAGUAUACCUGCAAAUUUAAUCCAUAGAAAUAAAAAGCAUUUAUUCCUGAUGCUUAAUGCACACAAUCUAUAAGCUUGCCUAACUGUAAUCUUUAUGCAUUUGUUUGUGCUUAAAUCCACCAUUUUGGGGGAAUGUUUCAUAAUUACAACUAAGUGAUUAGUUCUCUUUCUGCUCUCUUCAUUUUAAAUGAACCAAUAAAAUGGCUUUAUCUCUUC